AUACAUGAUUGCGCGAAGAGAAAGGUAAAUGAGGAUUUUCUACGCAGAUAUUCCAAAAGUAGCGCAGAUAUGUCAAGUUUCUGGAACUCCGAAGUCUUGCUGCUCCACAUGAAACAGGCUCAAGAGAGAAUUCAAGAGUUCGACCGAUUACAAAGAGCACGACGCCUCCUGGAUGCCAUUUCGUUAGUGAACGAUUUGCUUGCCGAUGGUUCCGAAGUAGAAAUACUGACACUUGUUGGAACAAUAGCGAGGAGAUUCAGUAAAUUGGGUGUAACGAGUGUAACGACAGAAGAUGAACGUCGUUACAGGAAUGGAAGAUUGUCAGCUUUAAGACUUACGCACAGUGGUAUUUAUCAUUGCUGUACAUUCUGCUCCAGUGGUGGAAAGAAGGAAGUGACUUGUGGCUGUAGAGCCAGGAUGCCUGGUGGAUACAAAGGUUGCGGCCACGGACACAUUGGACAUCCAGGCAUUAAUCAUUGGUCCUGUUGUGGGUCCAUAUUACGUAACGGGCGUUGCUUAAUUCCGCGAAAAGCUGUGCACCAACUUAUGUUGUAAGUCUUAAUAAAAUAAUCAAUUCUGAAUAAAGCAACAACACUUGGCUAUAAUAA